CGAAACGUCACUUGGCACGUCUUACAAGGCUCCUACUACCACUCAGCUUGUUGCUCUCCGCAUCACGUAAGUAUCCCAAUCGGCUCUCUCCUCUUCACUUGUCCUCACCAAACUCGCCUCCCCUUUCCCUCGGCUCUGGUAGUCUUCCAGCGUCCCCAGCAACAGCAGGCGCUUCCCUCACCUCUUACCCGCUCUACUGGUCGGCCGUUGUGGCUCUUUGAAGACGGGCAGUUUCCUCAUGGGAUCGGCGUGCUGUCAGCCUGUCCCUGACAACUACUAUCAGCGCUUCCGCGACGGUGCGGAGCGCACAGUGGACCCGGUGCGUCGGCAGGGCUACGGAGAGUGCAUCCUUGACUUCUGCACACAGCACUGCAGCGAGCCGGAGCUGCUGAUGCCCGAGGAAGACCCUUAUACCAAGGCCAAGUCGCUCAAGACCCAGCCGAGCAGGCGGCUGACAUCGACGCGCAAAGCGGCAAAGGACGACAGCACACCCAAGACCGUCGCCAAUGAGGGCACUAAGCGGUUCUCGAUGGACGCGCACCUGGGCCCUGCUGCAGCGGCCAAGUACGCGUCGAUGUCGCCGGCGACUCAGUAUUCGGUGUCGACGAAGGCGUCCACCAAGUCGAAUCUGCAGAUGCUCAACACAACCACGGCCACGCCACACUCCAAGAUAUUCGAGUGACGAGCGUCUGGGGGUGGCUUGUGGACGGGCCUUUGUUUUCUGGCCGUCCCGUCCUGUAUACAUGGCGGUUCUUUGCACAUGAUAGGAGUGGAGAGGAGUGAAGGGGCUAGAGGCAGGCCCGCCACCGUGCGUACGUGAGGCAGCCAGGCUGCCUGCCGACAGACAGAUGAGGGAAAUAUUUGUUCAGUGUGAUAGAUAGACUUGACUGACUACAAAGACAUCUCCCCCUGACCCACUUCCCACCCGCUUCCCUUCUUUUUUCGUGUGCGUACACACAAAUACAUCCACACACCCACACGCAUAUACAGCGAUACAUGCCUGCCUGCCUGCCCCUUUCUGUAGAGCUAGCUACCUGUUGCCUGUCACAUGCUCCGUGCGUGUGUGCAUGCCUUCACGUACUCCAUGUGUUUGUGGGUGUGCGUGCGAAUGUGCGUGUGAACGUGCGCAACUGCAUGUGCCCUCCUGGCUUGUGGGCUCGCGAAUAGCAGCUUGCUGGUCGGAAGGUUCAUGCGGUGGAUUGAUUGAUGGGUAAGGACGUGUAGAGAGUGAAUUCACCUCUGGGUUUUCUCUUGUGGGGCGUCCGUCCCCUCCCUCUCUCGUGUCCGUCCUUGACUCAAGCAAGUGUCGCUCUACCCGUCUGGUCCUCUUGUCGACUGCAAGCAUGCACGUGGGGG